AAUCGUGAAAUAAGUUUUGUUUAUUGAAAAAGAUUGAACAAACAGAUUUCUCGUUGUGAUUCCUAUCGUUCGUUCAAAGUCGUGUCGCACCCACCACUAGAUGGCAAUAGCAGCUAACGCCGGAGUUUAUGUUAAUCGACGUAACCAGCAGCAUUGAGACAAUUUUAUGCUAUAUAUCAUUGUUCUGUUCUUAUAGGAUUAGGAUGGAUGACAUUUGUGACUUUUUGAAGUCGAGAAAUAUCACUGAUGACAUCAUACAGCAAAUGCAACAGGAUAAGAUUGAUUGCAGUGUCAUACAGAUUAUGACAGAUGACCAGCUGAAGGAAUAUCUGCCUUCCUAUGGUGACCGACUGGCUAUUCGUGGAUACUGCAGGCGAAAAGAACAAGAUCCCAGUGGCAGAAAAUCUAAACUUUUUGAUCGACUGAGAACCAGGCUAGCAAGAAACAAAGGUGACACUGACAAUGUAUGUGAAAAAAAAAAUGGUCAAAAGAGUAUGCGAAAAAUUGAGAUGGGAUGGAUGCAUUUUCGAGAAGGGAAGUUUACUCAGGUCCGAACAAAAAAAGGUGGGGGUACACGGAAAAUUAGCGUGUCAAAGGACUGUAGAAAAAAGGACCUACUUGAAAAGGCUACUGAGUUGUUUUUUCCUGAUGAGAAAUCUUCCAUGGGAAGCUUCACAGAUUUUGUGGUCGAUGUAACAGACUUUCAGGAGCAAACAAUAGAUGAACAGAUUACAGUUGGAGAACUUUAUGAGCUGACCAAAUUACCAGUCUUGCGUUUUUACUUGACAACCAAGAAGAAAGUCAUCGCUAGCGACACACAUUCAGACACACAGUUCAACUUCAGCAGCGAAACAAUUGCACAAGGAGGGGAAAACCUGCAAGAUUCAAGGUCUCCCAGACGUACCAGCCCAUCUCCUCUGUUGACUGAGAAUGUGGAGCCAGACCUAAUUUAUGUAGGGAGUGGCACUUCAAUUGCAAUAGGCAGUGAUGAUAUUUUAUUGUCAGACUCCAUAACUAUCAUGACUGACGCAUCAAGUGUGAUUGAGAUUGAUGCAGCCAGGCCGCCAGAGGUGGGCAAUUUGGAGGAUAGUGGAACUGUAACAAUCUCCACAGGACUCAUCUCUGGGCUGGAAGACACUGAGCUUGAUGACACCUUACCUCUUUUAGAGGAACCAUAUUCUGUACCUUCUCCAAUUGAUAACUCACUGGAGUCCUUUGUUCAGAGUGAAAGAGUGAAGAAAAUUCUUGUUGUUCAUCGCGGUCAGGCCCUUCGACAGCUUAUCGCACAUUUUUGUGACAAAAGUGUCUUGACAGAUGACAUAUCAAUGAAAGUCAUUCUUCCCGAUGGACGGCUGGAAAAUGCUGUUGAUGAAGGGGGAGUUUUGAGGGAUGUGCUUUCAGAGUUUUGGAAUGACUUUUAUGAGCAAUGCACAUUGGGAAACAGCUUUAAGGUCCCAUAUCUACGACAUGACUUUGGUCAACAACAGUGGGAAAGCAUUGGACGAAUCCUUGCAUUUGGUUGGCAAAAAGAGAAGUACCUGCCUGUAAAAAUAGCACCUGUAAUGUUGGAACAGGCAGCCCAUGGAUGUGUUUCAACAAGUCUUGUGGACUGCUUUCUCAAGUAUGUUACAGAAUCAGACAGAAUGAUCCUAGAAUCAUGCCGUUCAGAUUUCGAAGAUGUGGACAAAGAAGAGCUGUUUGAGGUCAUGGAUCAUCAUAACUGCAGAAGAGUCCCAACAGCUGAUAAUAUCGAGCAGCUCUUGGAGGAGAUGGCACAUCAGAAACUAAUUCAAGAACCUGCAUUUGUGAUAGAGCAGUGGCAUUAUGUGCUUGCACCUAUGAAAACUGAGUUCCUGGACAUCGCAGCUGCCUAUGAUGAACUACAACCGACAUCAAGAAAGGUCAUGAAAUCAAUAGCCUACCCUGCUACGAUGAACGUACAACAAAAACACACUGGCAGGUAUCUAAGUACAUUUCUCAGAGAAGCAGAUAAACAACACCUGUCCCUCUUCCUUCGGUUUUGCACCGGGUCAGAUUUGUUCCUGGGAAAGAACAUCACCAUUAGCUUCACACAGUUGGAAGGCUUUCAGAGACGACCCAUUGCACACACAUGUGGCUGUUACCUGGAGCUGCCUGUGAAUUAUGAUAACUACCCAGAGUUUCGCCAUGAAAUGAACAAAGUGUUAGAGAGCAACAUAUGGGUCAUGGAUAUAGUCUAGUAGAAAGUCUAGUACAGACUUACUAUUAGGAAGGUUAAGCUUCAACAACACAAUUGAGGUCACAGCAGGCUUUAUUUUUUUUAUUUCUUUUUCAAGAUAUGUUGUACAUGUUCAUAUUUCCAAAGUUCCUGUUAAUACUCUCUCUGAGGCACAAGGUUUAAAAGGCCCAGUUACAACUUUACAACAAGUUUACAAAAUAAUCUGUCAUAUA